AUGUCCUCCCGCACUCGUGCUGCAGAUCCCACAGCAGACCUUGUCUCCGAGCUCUCUAGCAUUUCAAUUGAAGACACCUCGGAUCUUCCAGGUGACGCACUCGGUAUCUCAACUCCCGAGAGCGUCGCGAUGAUCAACGCGUUCAGGCUUCCAUCACUGAAGCGUCUCAUGAUUCACCGAGCUCGAUACAAUCCCUCCUACACACAGACAGAGCUGUUCCAGCUCGACAGCUUCCUCGGCGGAAGCAACUCGCUCACCACUCUGCAGCUCAGCGAUCAAGCCAUCGGUUUAAACGGGCUUCUUCGUGCCACGAACCCCGUCACAAGCCUCGCGUUUAACAUGUCCUCUCGCUAUCUCGAGGUGCUGCGCAGACUUGUAUACGACCCGAAGGCCCGCAGCGCUUCCCCACUCUACCCCGCCCUUCGGACGUUGAAGAUCACGGGGAUAGCAGAUUCAGAGCUUUCACUUCUUUGCUGAGUAAUUGAAUCGCGUCGUGCAUCGCCAGGACAGGACUGCGUGCCUGAACAGGAUUCUGACUGCUCUUUCAGUAUCUAUGGGGUAUGGGACGGUGAUUCCGAGGUUUGCUGUACUGUCAUUCUUGACUCCUCAGGCAUUGCUCCUCCGAAGCUUCGCGCUCCUAAUUGCGCUGUUGAUUGACUCGUAUAAACUGUGCUAUCUGAUGCUCGUGGAAAUUACGGGAACUUUGUUGGUCCUUGACACCAACAUGCGUACAUGUGUACAUCUCACUUUGUUAUUAGCUGAGGGCAUGCUUCUC